UUGCGAGUUUGCGGGUGGUUAGUUAGGGUAACAGAGGAAGCAACUCUCUCACAGAUAAGCAGGCAGUGCAAUAGAGAGACACAUGCAGUUUCAUAAGGAUACGCCUGAUUUCCAGAAAUAACCAUGUUUUUGUGGCUUAAACUCUUAGCAUUUGGUGUUGCAUUUCUGGGACAGGAUGCUUUUCUCAAAGGGCAGGAGACAUCAACGACCGGACCUGAUGAUUACAAUUCAACAUCCUUGCACAGCACCACCUCAUCAGUCAGCAUGCCACCAAGCACUGGGAUCAGCCCCAUUCCCAGCUCCACUCACACAAUAGAAAAUACCACAGUGAUACCUGAAGCAGAUUGUGAUAUUAUUCAAGAUGUAAAAGACUUUACAGAGGACCUUGAUAAUGCUGAAGUUUUUCUGAACAUUACCACAAAAGACAGAGAAUAUGUUAUUUCGGGGGGUGGCAAAAACAUAACUGUGAAUUCCAGCAGCCAUUCAAUAGAGCUUCCAAAAUGCCACAUAUACACUGUUGAAGUUAAAACUGGCAAGUGUUCAAAAAAUACUUCUUUUCAAAUUCCAAAAGGUAGGUGUACAAGGAUUUUAGUAGUUUCUUUAAAAAUUUUUUUUCAAUUUUGUUAUAUGCAGUAAUUCAGCUUCCCCAGG